AUGGCUAACUCUGCUCCUCCUGCAACUUACAUUGAGGACAAACCUCCCACCAAGAAGCCUCGUGUUGUAUGGGAUGAAAAACGGCAUGCUGCAUUUGUCAGCGCUGUCCAAAUAAUUGGAAUUGAAAAUGCUACGCCAAAGAAAAUUCUUCAACUCAUGAAUGACCCUCGUUUGGAAAGAGCACAUAUUGCCAGUCAUUUACAGAAAUUCAGAAAUUAUUCAAAACAGCAGCAAGAGAAAGAGGAACAACAACAGAAACAGGAACAGCAACAAAAUGACACGUCUCUCGAUUCAGGGAGACAAAUAGAGCAACAACAAUCGCAACAGAAGGACAUGUCAUUGACAAGGACGUCUGCAUUGCAACCUUGUUCUGCUACUACUGCAAUGACAAAUUUUCAUCCUGGUUUUACAGGUAACAUAGAAGAGGAAGCUUUGGCACAUGGUCAUCCUUUAGCAGCCUUUCCUAACGUUGCCAUUACCGAGAAUUUUUCAGAAGAACAAUCAAAUCUAAAUGGACAACUGUCUAACAAUUUUAAUGCAGAGCAAGUUCUGGCACAUGAUCUUCCUUUAGCAACCUUUCCUAACAUUGCCAGUAACCAGAAUUCUCAACUGGGAACUCUAGAUUAUGCUUAUAUAUAUGGAUUACUUUAUCCAUCUGAUAUACCGCUAGUUGACAAUCCCACUAUGCUACAAACAGAUAAUAUGCAGCAGUCGAUGAAUCAUAAUCAAAUGUAUCCAAUGAACUUUCAGCCAUCUUCCACGUUGAUUUCUGGAAAUCCAGCUUUUCCCUCCCAGAAUUACAACUUUGGCAUGAAUAUGGGUCAUGGUUCUCAAUCAAUACAAGAUGGAAAUAGCAUAGGUGAAGGCGUUCUUGAUCAAUAUAGCACUAGAGAUUCCAUUUAUCGUCCAGAGUUUCAAAAUGCAGGUUUGCCAAGUGGUGCUGUCAGACGUUUUGCUGCAAGUGAUUAUAGGAGCCAAAAUCCCUAUAUUGAUGAUAAAUUCUAUCAGAAAUGA